AUGGAAGAUGGUUGUGAUAAGGACGGCGCAUCACCAGACAAGGGUUGUCAAGAUGAUUGCUGCCGCAGCGACUCGGCCAACACCAAAGUUGAGGAAGCCCAGAACGAGAAUAACCAUCCUCUGCACCCCAUUCAAUACCCGGCAAAUGCCUGCCAUGACAAAGAGUCCUCUAUAUAUUCCAAACAAUGGACUUAUCCAGGAAAUUGCUGCCAUGAUCAGCCCUCAGAGGCCUUUUGCAACACGGAUGUUCCACACCCUGUUGACUUGGCCCGGGGAGAUUCAGAAGAAGGUCUUGUUAUUGAAGCUAGCGAAGGAAAGAAAAAAACUGGUUUGCGCGCGCAUCUCCCAGAAAGUUCCUCAGGCUCGUUUCCAUUAAGCAACUCUACCCCUACCGAAUUGAAAAUCCCAGAAUGUUGCAGCGGCAUACCUGCCCCCUGCUGCGACGAGACUUGUCUGGAUCGCUUGGCUUUACGCGAGUGUGAUACAGGGAAGGACAUCCCGCAGGUUGAAGUCACCGAACAAGCUGUUUCAUUGAAAUCGGGACUGGAGAAAAGUGAAGCACCCCAACACAGAGCCUGCGAUCAUCAUCGACGUGCUGUUCGCGAACAGUAUGCCACUACACUAGCAACUCUAGGAUGUAUCUGCCGUGCACUUGUUGCUCUAGGCAAAGAGACAUGCUGUCCUCCUCGCGACAUCCCUUCGACGUUGAGGGAACGAAGCUCCAGAGAAUCGCUGAAAAGGGUACGCUCACGUAUCUCGGUUGACUCCUGUUGCGCAAACGGCAUAUCUACAUCUAGAGAUGUUGAAGCAAGCCCAAAGCGACGCAAUGCGUGUGGAUCUGACAAAAGGGUUGUGGAGACCUGCUCUGGCAAUACUUGUUGCAAACCUAAGAGCGCUUCUUCUUGGGAUAACAUCCCUGCUCUUUGCACAUAUGAAAGUCAAACUCGCGCCAGCGCCAAAUCCUUGAAGCUAGAUAACAGAGCCCGCACCGCGAGUGAGAGCAAAACUAGUGACUAUGUUACUAUGGCCCCUGACUUAGAGAGACAGAACAUGGGAAUCGAGCAUGUCGUUCUCUCGGUUUCUGGCAUGACUUGCACUGGUUGCGAGACGAAACUCAACAGAACUUUAGCCACAGUGUCAGGUGUCAAGAAUUUAAAGACGAGCCUCAUCUUGUCCCGCGCUGAAUUCGACGUGGAUCUCAAUAUGUCGAGUGUCAAACAUGUGAUGAAUCAUCUAGAGCGUACUACAGAGUUUCAAUUUGAUGUGAUCACCAGCAGCAGCGGAUCGAGCUUGGAUAUUAUUACGUCUGAGGAUCUAUCAACGUUCAUCAAUCGACCAUGGCCAGAAGGUGUGAUAGAAGUAUUUCCCAUCAACAAGGACGAAAUUCGCGUUUCAUUCGAUCCAGACGUGGUCGGGGCACGCGAUCUUAUCGAGAAACACUGGGCAGGGGUUGCGAGGCUCGCGCCCACCCGCGAUGAUCCAGCACUCGGGGUUGGGAAGAAGCAUGUCCGUCAUGUCGGAUAUAUCACACUUUUGUCUGUGAUUCUUACCAUUCCGGUCUUGGUAUUGGCAUGGGCCCCGAUUCCCGAGCGAGAAAUACCCUAUAGCUCUACCUCACUGGCUCUGGCUACGCUGGUUCAAGUUCUGGUCGUAGGGCCAUUUUAUCCAAAGGCGCUGAAGGCUCUUAUUUUUUCAAAGGUCAUUGAGAUGGAUCUCCUUAUUGUUCUGAGCACUAGUGCAGCUUACAUCUUUUCCCUUGUCUCGUUUGGCUACCUCGUGGCUGGCAACGCGUUGUCAACAGGACAAUUCUUCGAGACCAGCACACUUUUGGUCACCUUAAUCAUGGUUGGGCGUUAUGUUGCCGCGCUUGCCCGUCAGAAAGCAGUCGAGUCAAUCUCUAUUCGAUCACUCCAGAGCCGAAAUGCAGUCCUGGUGGAUGAUGUCAACUCGUUGGAGGGUAGGGAAAUCGACGUCAGGCUUUUACAAUACGGUGACAUUUUUAUGGUGGCCCCCGAUACAAGGAUUCCGACCGAUGGUACCAUUGUGUCUGGCUCAUCAGAAUUAAACGAGUCAAUGAUUACUGGGGAGUCUCGUACUGUCGAGAAGGGCCCCCAAUCUCGCGUUAUUGCUGGGACAAUCAAUGGCUCAGGAACUUUACUUAUCCGGGUCACUCGACUGCCCGGCGACAACACCAUCACCGCCAUCGCUGCAAUGGUGGAUGAAGCUAAGCUAUCCAAACCAAAAAUGCAAGAACUGGCAGAUAAAGUGGCUUCUUACUUUGUCCCCGUCAUUGUGGCCCUAGCCAUUGCCACGUUUGUCGUCUGGAUUGCAGUUGGUGUGGCGGCCCAAGGUAAGUCUGGAUCAGAAGCAGCCGUUCAGUCGAUCACCUACGCCAUUACUGUGCUUAUUGUUUCCUGUCCCUGUGCUAUUGGCCUCGCCGUUCCCAUGGUGGUAGUAUUUGCUGGUGGUAUUGCGGCAGAGAAAGGGGUGAUCUUUAAGUCCGCCGAUGCCAUCGAAGUAGCCUAUAAGGCGUCUCACGUGGUCCUUGACAAAACAGGAACUCUGACCCAGGGCAAUCUAAGCGUAGUCGUCGAACACUGUCUUGAGAACGGUGAAUCACGACUCCCCUUCCUACUAGGCCUCAUCAGUAACAACAAGCACCCGGUCUCCGUUGCAGUUGCAGACCACCUAAGGCGCAAAGGAAUUAUUGCAACAGCUUUCCCAGGAGCCAAAAGUCUGACCGGCCGAGGCAUAGAGGGUGAGAUGGCUGGACAGACGGUGCGGGGAGGGAAUUCUCGUUGGCUAAAUGUUCAAGAUCAGCCGCUGGUACAGCCAGUGCUUCUCCGGGGCUAUACUGUGUUCUGUUUUACCAUCGACGGUGUAUUGUGGGCGGUUUUUGGCCUCGAGGACUCUCUCAGGGAUGAAGCUUCUCAGGUCGUUACCACUCUACUAAGACGGAAUGUGUCCGUCCAUGUGGUAUCGGGUGAUGACCUCGAGCCCGUUCAAAAAGUGGCAUCAAUCCUUGGGAUUCCAGACAGAAAUGUGCAAGCCCACAGCUCUCCAUCUGACAAACAGUCCUACAUUAAGAAUCUUUUGGGAGACUCAUCGAAUGUUGAGCCCGUUGUCAUAUUUUGUGGAGAUGGAACCAACGAUGCUGUCGCGCUAGCGCAGGCGACUGUCGGCAUUCACAUGAAUUCAGGUAGCGACCUUGCGCAGGCUGCUGCCGAUGUGGUGUUAAUGCGGCCAGAUCUAUCCGGAAUUGUGACUGUAAUGGAUACGAGCAAAGUGUCUGUACGGCGCAUCAAAUUUAACUUCGGCUGGAGCUUCAUUUACAACACAUUUGCCGUGCUUCUUGCUGCCGGCGCAUUCGUGAAAGCUAGGAUUCCUCCUGAAUUCGCUGGGCUCGGUGAACUUAUCAGCGUGUUGCCGGUCAUUAUCGCCGCAGCCCUUCUGCGAUGGACCAAGAUCUAG